AUGGCGUUACCAAUGUUGCCUGGAAAUUCAGUCAAUAGAAAUCUUGGAAAAGACAAAUUUCACAAAUCUCAGCAUUUUGAUUAUUCAAAUGGAGUAGCCAUGAUGGUUGGGUCAGAGAAGCCAGGCAUUGGAGGAGAACUACUCCUGGGGCAGAGCGCAAGACCCAAGUAUUCACUUUUUCCAAAGGGAGAGGGCAGCGAUGCUCCGGCAUGGGUUGCUUUUGACAAACAGGAAGCUGUACCUCAGAGGAGGGAAGAAAAAUAUAGAGUGCGAAAGUGCAAGAUUUACUUCUAUCUGGAGGAUGACACCAUACAAGUAGUGGAGCCAGAGUUCAAAAACAGUGGGAUCCCACAGGGAACCCUGAUUCGGAGGCACCGCAUUCCUCUCCCAGCUCCUAAAGAUGAUUGCUUCUACAAUGUGCACCAUUUUAACAUCAAUCAGGAAAUAGUGUUCUAUAACAGAACCUUUAUUAUUACGGACUGUGACCCCUUCACACGCAACUUCUUGAUAAAAAUGGGGGUGCGCCUAAACCCCCCUGCUUCCACGCCAGCAGAUCCCUAUACCACACAUCGACAAGAGAUGGAGGAGAACAUGAAGCCACUGCGGCCGUAUGAAAGAAUAGAUGCCCUGAAGCAGUUUUUGGAACAUGACCGCAAAGUCCUACGCUUCUACUGCUACUGGGAUGAUACCGAGAGCAUGUUUGGAGACCCCAGAGAGCUGAUCUUGCAUUACUUUCUGGCCGAUGACACAAUGGAAAUUUACGAAGUUGUCCUUCCAAACUCUGGCCGAGAUGCUGUCCCUAAAUUUCUGCACAGGGGAAAGCUUCCCAAGCAUGCUCCUAUUCCCAAACAUCAGCCUGGAGAAAUAACAGACCGCACAGUCCUCAAUGUAUUCGGACCAGUCGGACAAGGAGGACGCUACAUUUUGGAUAGCCUCAAGACUGGAGCAGUAGAAGAACAAUUCUACAAAGAAUGUGACCUGACCAUUGGAGGUGUCAUUAAUGUGUGGGGUCGUAGGAUGUUAAUAUGUGACUGCGACAACUUCACUAAAGAGUAUUAUCGCUCUAAAUAUGGUAUUGAGGACUUCACACCUGUCUCAUACCAGGCCUCGCUCCCUCCUAAACCAGCCAGACAGGUGGCACCCUACACUGGAUUUGGAUCUGAGGAAGAUUCGCUGUGCUCCUGUCAGGGUUUGCUGCCUAAACCUCCACAGAAGGAUUUCAAGAAGCUUAUGGAAAAAGACAGGCAAGGUCUGGUAAGCAAUGUGUUGAGAUUUGUGGCGAAAAUGCUUACAGACAGUCCUAUCGACAAGGAACGUGUUUUUAUCAUAUAUGUCUACCUCAGUGAUGAUACCAUUGCAGUCUUUGAACCUCCUCAGAGAAACUCAGGUGUGAUUGGGGGUAAGUUUUUAAAGAGAGGUCAAGUGAAGAAGCCAGGACAGGAGCUAUUUAAGAGUGAGAUGUCCGAGUAUUUCACAGCUCAGGAUUUGUAUGUGGGAGCUCGGCUGGAUCUGAACAAUCAGCCCUUCCAGCUGCUGGAUGCUGAUGAAUUUACAUUCGACUACAUGGAGCAGCAUGCAGAUGAGUUCCCCAAGGCCAAUAUUGGCACCAUUAUUAGCAAGGUAAAAUCCAUCAAUGAGGAAGAGCAGAAGAAAGUAAAACAGUUCUUCACCAUGAGUGACCCAAGCAGCACUGGCUUCAUUCCAUAUGAGUCAUUUAGGACUCUGUUGGCUGAAAUGGACAUUCAGUUGUUUGAACACGAGAUCAUAACGCUUGGUCGCAAUUAUUCAUCGCGGGAACAACCAGAGGUGGACUUGGGCCUCGUGCUUGCUGUGGCUCAGGAUCAGCUAAAGAAGAACAACUUUGAGAACUUCACAGAUAUGAUUCGAGCCUUUGCACACGAGGACCGGGACAGAUCUGGACACCUCUCUUCUAAAGAGGCACAGAUCAUCUUUAAAGCCUUCCGACUGCCCCUGUCUGAUGACCUACAACGAGCCCUCCUCGAAAAGUUUCAAGACGAGUCUGAGAAGAUUGACUAUCACGCUUUCCUAUCCAAUAUCAACUGGAGAGAAAACCCCGCCCCUGCUGUGCUUCCAGAUGUCACUGUGAAGUUUGACGCAGACUGGAGAGGAGACGCUGCAGACCCUGCAGUUAAAACCAUCAACUACUCGCUCUUUCUGGAGGACGUCUUUGGCAGCGCCACGAACAUUAAUGACAGCUGAGAACGGCCUGAUGGGAUCCUCAAUAACAUGAGAAAGUCAAGAAAUCUGCUCGACUUUGUGUAUUGCGCUGAUUAAAUUCACAUUGUUGCACAUGGUUGUUUCUGUUGUGCUGCAUAAAUGUCAUAAUACCAUUUAUGUGUAUUUUUUAUUCAACAUAAAAUCAAAAACAUGCUGAAAUGAGAGAGCUGUUUGGAAGUGCCUUAUGUGCCUUGGGACCAAGCGUGGAGCAGUUAAAAAUAUGAGCCGCUAAAUCAAACCAUAUAUCCUAUACAGGCAGACAGACAUGCACAAUUGCCAUGAUUAUGUGGAUAAAGCUGUCAAUAUAAUACAGCAACAUGCCAUAGGCAUAUGAGAGAAAAUAACUGCACACUAUAAAG